AUGAGUAGAUCAAUAGGAUUUAACAUCUGUGUGGUCACCUGCAGCAUCCUGCUCUUGUCCUCCAGUCCACCAUGCCUUGCAUCUCAGCCACUGGAGGAGAGGGACAUGACAAAGGUCCAGCAUGGCCCCUGGGCAGGGAAUGGGGUAGAAGAUGAAAGGACAAGUGUGCUGAACUUGAAAAAUAACCUGGGCCCUUCUGAGCAGACUGUCACUGAAGAGCCAUGUGGAGUGUCAGCAAAGCCAUCUGGGACACCCUUAAAUAAAGCUUUCACUGCAGAAGGAGAAAGGCUGCCUGUAAGCCCAAGCCAUGUUAUCCCAGGCAGCCAGGGCCUGGGUGCUCACACCUCUGCUGUGACAGCAGCUGCUGUAGAUGAGGAGGAGCUUGGUCCCACGAAGUCAGAGCUGGAUGAGGAUGAUGUGUUCAAGGCCAUGCUGACCACAGCUGUGACCACACUGAACCCUGCUGUCCAGGAGUUGUCUGUUGGUGGCCCCGUUAGUGAGACCACCACAGAGGGUGGUGUUGAAACAGAGUACAGCUCUGCCAGCCUCUUGGCAAACCCCCUCUCUGGAACAGCUGUGGAGGAGGUGGCAGGGAGCAACUCGCACCCCUCUGCUGUGCCCCAGCCCACACUGUACCCCAGCUCUCCCAGCUGGGAAACAGCAAGUGACCACCCUGUCAUCCCAACUCCUCAGCCCCAUGGUGUGACCUCUGAGGUGGGACUGCCAGGAGCCCGCACAGGGACCCUUCUGAAGGCCUUGGCUGGGCAAGCAUCUGUGGCUGUGAAACAUCCACUCAUAGUCACUGAGGCCUCCCUCCACCUGGAUGUGGGGACAGGUGUCAGGCAAGGAGAGCUGCCCACCGCAGCUGGCACUGUCACCAUCCACCCUAUGGACACUGUGCCACCUGACUGGGAUGACACAAAACUGGGGGAUGCAAACCAAGGGGGAAGCAUGUCUCAUGAGGAGGUGACAGAGGACCUGGGGACAACAGAACCAUCCCAGACCCCACAGGAAGGUGUGGAAGAGGAAGAAGAUGCAACAAGAGUGCUGCCAUCUCCAGUGUCCCCUCCACCAACUCCAGAGCUUGCUAAGGAGACCAACUGCACAGAGCUGGUGCGAGGGGAGGAGUUGCCAACAGCUUCCACGGGCAGUGGUGACGCUUUCCAUGCUGUGAACCUGACAAGUGUAGACGUGGCUGAUCUCAACUCGCUGGAAAACAUAAAUGCAGUCACAGCAGAGGAAGGGAAAAACAUCCCACCAUCACAGCCAGAGGCUGCUGUGGUGACAGAUACACAGUCUGAUCUCUCUCCUACUCUGGAAAAAUGGAAAGGUGUUACUCAGGAGGUGACCACGGAUGCCCAGGAGGUUGAUGCUGCUCUGUCAGUUGUGACAUUGGUGCCUGGUGCUACCCAGGGAGUAGGAGCUGCAAGUCUUCUGCAGGAAAACAGUGGGGAGGACACCCAGGUGCUGACUGCUCCUAGUGCCACCCAGAUGCCAGUGGCAACUGGCACUUCCUCCAUGGUGAAUGCUCCAGAUAUAGAAGAUCUCACAGAUGUGGUCCUGGUCACCAGUGAGAAGGCUGUUCCAGCUCCUGGUGGGUUGUCUGCUACCCAGUCUGGACAGACAGAGGAGCCAUCCAGCAGAACUGUGGUCCUGGCAACUCCAGCAUCAAUGGCAUCUUCUGUCAGGAGGACAGCUCUUCCAUCUGUGAGGAAGAUCAGUACAGCUGUGACCUAUGGGCUGGACCGCCUGGAGUCAGAAGAGGGUGAGGAAGAGGAAGAGGAUGAAGAGGAAGAGGAGGAAGAAGAGGAGGAAGAGGAAGAUGAGGAGGACAAAGACAUAGAUUCGAUGGAUGAAAGCAUGGAGGGUGACACAGAGCUGCCAGGUUUCACGCUUCCAGGCGAGACCUCCCAGGAGCCCAUGGCUGGUCUGGAAAACCCUGUGGCCCAGCUGGCUGGGGUGUCCUACCAGGUUCCUGACACCAUCGAGUGGGAGCAGCAGAACCAGGGUCUGG